CCGGCGAGGGCCACUCCGGGAGGGCGCAGCGGCAAGCGGCACCGGCACGGCAGCGCCUCCCCGUCACCACUGCCCGCCGCCCCUCCGCCAGCCCGGCCAUGUCGCUGCUGCAGUCGGCGCUGGACUUCCUGGCCGGGCCGGGCUCCCUGGGGGCCGCCAGCCGAGACCAGAACGACUUCGUGGGGCAGGUGGUGGAGAUGGGCGAGAUGAAGCUGCGGAUCAAGAAGGUGAUCGCCGAAGGUGGUUUUGCUUUUGUGUAUGAAGCUCUGGAUGUUGGAAGUGGGAAAGAAUACGCUUUAAAGAGAUUGCUAUCUAAUGAAGAAGAAAAGAACAAAGCCAUCAUUCAGGAAGUUUGCUUUAUGAAAAAGCUUUCCGGUCACCCAAACAUUGUCCAGUUCUGCUCUGCUGCCUCAAUAGGCAAAGAAGAAUCUGAUACCGGGCAAGGGGAAUUCCUUCUGUUAACAGAGCUCUGUAGAGGGCAAGUGGUAGAAUUUUUGAAGAGAGCUGAAUCCAAAGGAGCCCUCUCGUGCGAUACAGUUCUGAAGAUAUUUUAUCAGACGUGCCGUGCCGUGCAGCAUAUGCAUAAACAGAAGCCUCCUAUCAUUCAUAGAGAUCUUAAGAUUGAAAAUAUGUUGAUGAGUAACCAAGGAACAAUUAAAUUGUGUGACUUUGGCAGUGCAACAACUAUAGCACACUACCCAGACUACAGCUGGUCUGCGCAGAAAAGAGCAACGGUCGAAGAGGAGAUCACCAGGAACACAACACCAAUGUAUAGGACUCCAGAAAUAAUAGAUCUAUAUUCAAACUUCCCAAUUGAUGAAAAACAAGAUAUAUGGGCGUUGGGCUGUAUCCUCUACUUGCUGUGUUUUAGACAGCAUCCAUUUGAAGAUGGAGCAAAGCUUCGAAUAGUCAAUGGAAAAUAUUCCAUCCCCCAAAAUGACACAAGAUACACAGUGUUUCAUGAUCUAAUUCGCUCAACGUUAAAGGUGAACCCAGAAGAAAGAUUGUCCAUUACAGAACUUGUGAAUCGACUGCAGGAGAUUGCAGCUGCCAGGAAUGUAAACCCCAAAUCCCCCAUUACAGAGCUCCUUGAACAAAACGGAGGGUAUGGAAAUAAUGCUCCGCCGAGGACACCUUUGAGUGGGGUGCCACAGAACUCAAAGCCUGCAGGACAGCUAAACAAUAUGUAUAACGCAGGUUUGACCGUGGCAGAGUGCGAUCAGACUUACGGCGGGUUCUUCGAUAUACUUAGAGGUGGAACAGAAAGAUUUUUGUCAAAUAUCAAAGAUACGUCUUCGAAAGUUAUCCAGUCGGUGGCCAAUUACGCAAAGGGAGAUCUGGAUAUAUCAUACAUCACUUCCCGAAUUGCUGUGAUGUCCUUUCCCGCAGAGGGUGUUGAAUCUGCUAUAAAAAAUAACAUAGAAGAUGUGCGGCUGUUCUUGGACUCGAAACACCCGGGGCGCUAUGCUGUUUACAAUCUGUCUCCGAGAACGUAUAGACCUUCAAGAUUUCACAACAGGGUUUCUGAAUGUGGCUGGCCGGCAAGACGUGCACCAAACCUUCAAAACCUUUACAGCAUUUGUAAGAACAUGCACAUAUGGCUGAAGCAAGAUCCGAAGAAUGUUUGCAUUGUGCAUUGCCUUGAUGGAAGAGCAGCAUCGGCGGUCGUGGUCUGUUCUUUUCUGUGCUUCUGCCGUCUCUUCACUACUGCUGAGGCUGCUGUUUAUAUGUUCAGCAUGAAACGCUGUCCGCCGGGCAUUUGGCCAUCGCAUAAAAGGUAUAUAGAAUACAUGUGCGACAUGAUGGCGGAAGAGCCCAUCAUCCCUCACAGCAAACCAAUUCUCAUCAAAUCAGUCGUCAUGACGCCAGUUCCUCUUUUCAGCAAGCAGCGCAAUGGCUGCAGGCCUUUCUGUGAGGUCUACGUUGGGGACGAACGAGUAGCCACUACCUCACAAGAAUAUGACAAAAUGAAGGAUUUUAAAAUUGAAGAUGGCAAAGCAGUAAUCCCACUGGGCAUAACAGUCCAAGGAGAUGUUCUCAUUGUCAUCUAUCACGCCAGGUCCACUUUAGGUGGCAGACUCCAAGCCAAGAUGGCAUCAAUGAAGAUGUUCCAGAUCCAGUUCCAUACAGGAUUUGUACCUCGAAAUGCCACCACGGUAAAAUUUGCAAAGUAUGAUCUGGAUGCCUGCGAUAUCCAAGAGAAAUAUCCUGACCUGUUUCAAGUGAAUCUGGAGGUUGAAGUGGAGCCUCGGGAUCGGCCCAGCACUGAACGAGCUCCGUGGGAUAACCUGAACAUCAAGGGUUUAAAUCCCAAGAUCCUUUUCUCCAGCCGAGAGGAACAGCAAGAGAUCUUAACAAAAUUUGGUAAGCCAGAGCUGCCUAGGCAGCCAGGUUCCACAGCCCAGUAUGAAGCGGAAACUUCCAAGUCAGAACCGUCUUCUGACGGGGCACCUACUGAGCCAGACUCUCCACAAAGCAGCGCCACCGAAGCAAAUUUCUUCCAUACGCUGGACUGGCAAGAAGGCAAAAGUUCUGACGCCGCAUCUGAGGAUCACUUUUCCAAAGAGUGCCCUGGGCUGGUGGAAGAACGAGAUGACAGCGACCUUUCUGACGAGGAGGUCGCUGGGCUUCCUGGGAACGGCAAGCCCCUCGAUGACAGGGAGACGCACCCGCUGGAGAGGGAAGAUGGCGAGCCGCUCUUUGAGGCAGAUGUUCCUGCUGCUCAGCCAGAUGAGGCGCUCGUGGAGGACAGCGUCGACUUGCUGGGACUGGACUCAGACGCUCCAGCCGAGUUGCUCCAGCCCCCUCCAGAGAUGAAGAGCUCCUCCAGCAACGCUGACUUGUUAAACGGCCUGUUUGUUGCCGGUGCGCUGGAGGAGUCGGAAGACUCGACUGCAGACCUUCUGGGUGGAGGAGCCGGUUUCUUUUUCAGUGGCCAGGCCCCGCCCGCAGCGAGCUCCCAGAGAGCGUCUCCCCCCACAGUAGCUGCCUCUUCCACAGCGGACCCAUUUGACCCCUUUACGAUAUCAUCCAGUCCUGACAAUCCAAGUCUUAGCACUCCUGAUCUUUUUGGCGACUUCCUUAGCCCAAAUGCACAAACCGCAUCGGGUGUGUUUCCUUCCACGCACAGCGCUCCGCCUCCUUCCUCGAGUACAGAUUUCCUUAAUUUAGGAAGCUUGGCACCUGACCCACCAAAAAUGGCUUCCUCCGCAAGCCAGCCUGACCUUUUAGGCGGAUGGGAUUCUUGGGCGGAUUCCCCAGCAGUUAGUAAUCCAGCACCAUCGCAGCCGAAGAAGUCCACUUUUGAAGGACAAGCGUUCACAACAGGAGGUGUAUCGAGCGUCUCCUCUGGUCUUUCCUUCAGCCAAGCAAAAUCACAGAACUUCGACCCUUUUGCUGAUCUUGCAGAUCUGAGAACUGGCCUCCCAAGUGUUUCCAGCGGCGGAUUCUCAGCUGGUGGUUUUGCUUCCAAGGCUGCUCCGUCGCAGAAAGCAGGGAGCCAGUGGCAAGCCGGCAAGCCACCAAGCGCAAGCUCAUCGCGCCAGCCCCAGCCCCAGCCAAAACCACCAGAGCAAAGCAAGCCGAGCGGGCAACCCAAACCCAACUAUACUGUGAAUUUCAGCGUUAUUGGGGGACGGGAAGAGCGAGGCAUCAGAGCCCCAAGCUUUGGACAAAAGCUGAAAGUUUCAGAAAACGAUUUUGAGGAUCUUUUAUCGAAUCAAGGGUUUUCAGCCAAAUCUGACAAAAAAGGACCAAAGACCAUUGCUGAGAUGAGAAAGCAAGAAAUGUCUAGAGAUAUGGAUCCCCUAAAAUUAAAGAUUCUAGAUUGGAUUGAUGGGAAAGAGAGAAAUAUAAGAGCUUUAUUAUCUACACUUCACACUGUGCUCUGGGAAGGUGAAACCAAAUGGAAGCAAGUUGGCAUGGCUGACCUGGUGACCCCAGAACAAGUCAAGAAGUACUAUAGGAAGGCGGCACUUGUCGUUCAUCCAGAUAAGGCCACGGGGCAGCCUUACGAACAGUAUGCCAAAAUGAUCUUCAUGGAGCUGAGCGACGCGUGGUCAGAAUUUGAAAACCAAGGAUCCAAGUCACUUUUUUAACAUGCUCCCUCUUGCAAAGGAGUGGAUAUCAAAAUGUAUUGGCAGCAAAACUGAAUCUUUGUGGUGGCCUCCUUAGGUCUGUGUGGCCUCCUUAGGUCUGAAAAAAGGGGCAAGAAAAGGCCUUCCCCAGUUCCUGCACACUUUGAAUCUGUACACUCAGCAACCCUGUGUGUGUGUGUGUGCGUGCAUGUGUGUGUGCGUGUGGCAGGACACUGAAUGGGGAGCAUUACAUAGAUGAUGCUUGGGGGCUAUUGACACUAGGAAGUUUGUGCCCUGGGUGUGGAAAGUUCCUGGCCACGUUAGAUGGGGUGGGCACACCGAUAAUAUUAAUGGUGGCAGCUGGCGUGGGCAUAAUUGGAAUCAAAAACAUCAUAAUCCUGAUUUUUGUUGGCGUCCUUUCAAGAACCAUACAACCUCAGUUCUGUUCUUUCCCCCACCAUGGUCUUUUGUGAUUUUUAUUACUUUUUUUUAAACAUUAAUGUUUGCCUUAUUCAAAGUGCUUUAGUUACCUUAUCAGCCGCGAGUUUGCUCAGCAUCUUUUUCUAGACUCUGUGAGAGGUGUACAUUUUUUCUUCUGUAUUUUAUGUAAUCAUUCCAAGAAAUCAUUCUGUAAAUAAUUAAAGUAUUUUCUGACAACA